AUGCCGCCAAAGAAACGUGCAUAUGUACCAAAGACGAAGGGUUGCCAUGAAUGCUCGAAGCGACGUAUUCACUGUGAUAGGAAUGAACCAAGUUGCAACAAAUGUACUUCCAGAGGCCUGAGCUGCAGUGGCCUUGGUAUUCGGCAUCGGUUCAACAAGGGUGUUGCUGCGAGAGGAAAGUGGGCUGGCAAGACUAUCGACAGGGUUUAUGAAGAGAAUGAGUGGAAGGUCCCUUCAACUGACAAGGACGCAUCAGCAUCGUCGGCAUCAAGUUCCGCCGCAGAUACAAACCCGGAGACCACGGAUUCUCAUCAUGAUGACAACGGAGACUCACACGACGAUGAUAUCGAGAAUAUCACAUCAGACACAGGGAUCUAUGACCUUGUGCUCGCAAAUUCACAAUCACCUGUAGACCGUGAGGUUUUUAUGACACUCUUCUUGAAAGGGGUUCCAGACAACAUGCCAGCUUGGAAGAGGAACCUUUUCAUGACGUUCUCACGCUGCAUAUCGACUGAGAUGGUAGCCAUAGACGGCCUUCACAACGACUGGCGACACGUCCUUCUUCCCCUCGCCCAACAAGAUGAUCUCGUUAUGGAUGCCGUCCUCACUGUCUCAGCCUUUCAUUUUCACAUCAAUAAACUCGAUAAUAAUUUCAAGAAGAAUCAAAAGCAGUACUCUACUUUCGGAACAAACACAUACGAUACUUACGUUCCCGAUCCAUAUCAACUUCUGGGUCGAACGCUCCAAGGCCUGCGCCAACGUCAGGAACUCAUAUGCAACAGCCAAACUACACAGCACUCUGUGCUAAUCAGUCUUCUGCUACUAAUGACAUCUGUGCUCGUUACCGGUGGCUCCGACUUUCCUGUCCUUCUUCGAAUGCUCGAGUCAGCGCUGGACGCUAUUGGAGGAAAGGAAGGACUUGGUACGGGUAUCUUGGCUGGUUUCAUCAUGCGAGAGCUUCACAAGAUCCGAGUAUAUGCCGCUCCGCAUCUUGGUGAAGAAACAGGUCUCCAAAUGAUCUCAUCCCAAGCCCGAACCGAUCAGCUAUUUGGCUGUCUCAACCACUGCCUUCAGCUUUAUCCAGAGCAUACACCACUCUUCUCACAAGUCACAAGUCUCGUGUAUCAAGCUCGAGAUAUUUAUCUUCAACAAGUCCUCUCCGACCAUACCUCCAAUUUCUUUGACCUAGAUCCUAUACCCACCAAUCCCGAGUCGGUAGCACGCGUACAGCGCUUUAUCGAAGCACUAGAACAAUUUCCAGAGACUUCUCCUGUGGCUCAUAUGUUGGUUUGGACGACAUUUGUGGCGGCAUCGGAUGCACAGCUUGAAGAGCACAAAGUUUAUUUUGAGAAUGUUUUGAGAAGACAUCAUGCACGAAGUGGAUUUGGAAAUUUGCUGAAGGGUAUUGAGGCGUUGAAGAGGAUGUGGAGCAGAAAGCCUGGAGAGAGAUGGACGACUCUCUUACCACAGACAAAAGUUCUUGUUGCAUGA